AUGAGUAUCCGUUUAACAGUUUCAUUAUCUAGAAUUUUUUCAUUGGGAAGGAGUUAUUCUGCCUAUAUUGAUAAUAGUACUAGUAAAAAACAAAAUUCUUAUAUUCGUAGGCAUUAUUGUUCAACCACUGAUGGAGGUGGAAAAAAAUUUAAAGGUGAUCAAUAUUGUUCUGAAUGUGGUGGUGAACUUUUUCCAGUUUCAACAAUAAAUAGUAGUAAUAAAUUUUACCAUUGUAAAAGUUGUAAUUCUGUAUUUGCAUCGACUGUUAAACAACUUAAUGAAUUAAUUGAACAUCAAGAACAAACUAAAAAACUACCAAAUCCACGUGAAAUAACACAAUUUUUGGAUAAAUAUGUUAUUGGUCAAGAUAUAGCUAAAAAAGUUUUAUCUACUGGUGUUUAUCAACAUUAUCUUCGUGUUGAACAUAAUCAAGCACAAAAUAAGACAGCACAAAUAGAAGGAAAUGUAUCAAAUUCUUCUUCUAUAAUUAAUAUUUAUAGUAGUAAGGAUGGUUAUUUUGAUAAUAACAAUAGUAUAUAUAAUCGACCAAUUAUUGAAGGAACAACAAAAAAUGUUGAUGAUAAUAAUAUUCAAUUAGAUAAAAGUAAUAUUAUAUUAUUAGGACCUUCAGGUGUUGGAAAAACUCAUAUAAGUAAAACAUUAGCAAAAAUAUUAAAUGUACCUAUGGCAUUAUGUGAUUGUACAUCGUUAACACAAGCUGGAUAUGUAGGAGAAGAUGUUGAGAGUGUUUUAACAAAACUUCUUAUUAAUGCAAAUGGUAAUGUUGAAAAAGCACAACAAGGAAUAGUAUUUUUAGAUGAAAUAGAUAAAAUUGCUUCAACAUCAGACAGUGCCAAUCAUACAUUUAGAGAUGUUGGUGGUGAAGGAGUUCAACAUGCCUUAUUAAAACUUUGUGAAGGAACAAUUGCUAAUGUUAAGAAUGGUAAAAAAACUGCUGGUGGUCAACAAGAUACUGUUCAAAUUGAUACAAAGGAUAUUUUAUUUAUAGGGUCUGGUGCAUUUGUUGGAAUUGAAAAAGUGGUUGCAAAGCGUUUUGAUGAGCGAUUUAUUGGUUUUGGUGGUCCAAAGCAACAAAAUGAAAAUAUUUUAGAUAAAGAUCUCUCUAUGAAAGAACAAAACGAAAAGCGUGAUAAAUUAAUUUUAAAAACAGAUCAAGAUGAUCUUAUUAAAUAUGGUAUAAUUCCUGAACUUGUUGGACGUUUCCCUAUUAUUGUUCCAUUUCAUUCAUUUGAUAAAAAUACCUUAGUUCGUAUCUUAAAAGAACCAAAAAAUUCAUUAAUUCAACAAAAACAAUUAAUGUUUGCUAUGUAUGGAUCAACUUUGACAUUCUCAGAUGACGCAUUGGAAGAAAUAGCUGAAAUGGCUUUAAAUAGAAAAACAGGAGCUCGUGCUUUACGAUCAAUAAUUGAAAGGGUUUUAAGAGAGGCAGAUUUUCUUGUUCCUGAAUCAGAUAUUGUUGAGGUUCAUGUAAAUAAAGAUUGUGUUAAAGGAAAAGGUACUUAUCAAUUUAAAAAAAAGAAUGUAUCUCCAAUGCCGGUAACUAAUAGUAAUAACAUUAAAGAACCUAAAACAUCUCAUCAUUUUAAUCAAAAAGAUAUUGAAAGAUAUAAAGAAUGUUAUAAUUUAUACACCAAAAAUGAAAUUAUUAAAAGUGAUUCACAACUACGUUUUUUGAUGCGUUCUCUUGGAUUCUCACCAACAUUAAUAGAAUCAAAAAAUUAUAUAAAAAAUUAUAAAUUUAAUAUUGAUUUUCCAACAUUUCUUGAAAUUUUAUAUGAAAAUCAACAAAAAUGUAUGCCAAUUGAAGAAAUAUCAAAAGGAUUGUCCGUUCUUGAUACUUUUAAUGAAUCAUCUAUCUCAGUAACAGAGUUAAUUAUGAUGCUUCAUAAUUUUGGAGAAAAAAUGCCAUUUGAAGAAAUUGAAAGUAUAUUGAAAGAUAUGAAUAUUAAAGGAAAUUUCAUUCCACAUGAUACACUUAUUGAAUAUGUAUCCUCAAUAAAUUGA